AAUUUUCGAUUGUGACAUCUUUUGUUAUAGUGUCAGAGAAUUGUCAAAAAUUUCCUGUUACCUUAUGGCUUGGCAAUUUCGAAUAGUGAACCUUUUGUUGCUGGUUCUUACGGCGGUACUCGAGCUUGUGGCCCUGUAUUUUCUCAUAAAAAUACUGUUUACACACUGCGUCCUGGGCCAGGAGUACGGGAUAUCGGUGUGGCUUUACCUAUGCUUCCUGCCGGCCAUCACCCUGCAGAGUGUGAUUCUCGCUUUGUUUCGGCUGUUCUUCAUCACCGUGGGCCUGGAUCCAAUUGCGAUGCUGUUCAAUUUUGUUAGCGGCUUGGUGUGCAUAGGCACUGCCCUUACCCUGCUGGUGGCCACGGUGGCGCACUGCGGCAACAAGUACCGCUACAUGUUCUUCGUGUCCAGCUGCUUGGGCAUCAUAGCUGGCGUGCUGCACAUUGUAAACGCAUUGCUGUGCAACGCUUUCAUGCCCAAGGACGAGUGGUCGUACGCCAAGCCAUCAAAGAGGCGGAGGUUGAGAGAAACGGGAUACAAGCAAAGAUCACCAAGACGCGUUUUUAAAUCUUGAAAGGAGUUUUUAGAGACAUUCAUACCAUAUCUUGUUAAAUAGUGUAGAGAAAAUAAUUUAAUUGAGUAAAAUUCUGAUAAUAUUUGUUUA